GCCGAGCCGGGCCGGGCCGGGCCGGGCCGGGCCGGGCGCCCGCAGUGCCGCCGAGCCGAGCCGAGCCGAGCCGAGCCAUGGCCACCUGGCGGCGGGACGGGCGGGUGACCGCCCUGCAGCGGCUGGGCUGCGCCGGGCUGGCGGGAGCGCUGAGCCUCAGCCUGACGGCGCCGCUGGAGCUGCUGACGGUGCUGGCGCAGGUGGGCACCUGGCACUGCCGGCGGGGGCUGCGCGGCGCCGGGCAAAGCCUGUGCCGCGCCGAGGGGCUGCGGGCCCUCUGGAAGGGGAACCUCACCGCCUGCCUGCGACUCUUCCCCUACAGCGCGCUGCAGCUCGCCGCCUCCCGCCGACUUGUUAUACUUUUCACGGAUGAGUUGGGUCAUAUCUCCCACUGGAGAGCUAUCAUGGCAGGAAGUCUGGCUGGCAUGGUUGCAACCAUCGUGACUUACCCCACUGAUGUAAUUAAAACACGGCUCAUUGUGCAGAACCGUCUGGAACCAUCUUACGAAGGAAUUCUUCAUGCUUUUUACAAAAUUUAUCAUCAGGAAGGACUCCUUGCACUCUACCGCGGUGUUUCACCAGCUAUAUUAGGUGCUGUCCCAUUUUCUGCGGGCUCAUUCUUUGUUUAUAUCAAUCUGGACAAAAUCUGGCGAGAACCCAUAGUUCAUUUCACUCCUCUUCAGAACUUCAUAAAUGGCUGUGUAGCAGCUGGUGUGGCACAGACACUUUCUUUCCCCUUUGAGACUGUCAAGAGGAAGAUGCAGGCCCAGAGUCCUUGGCUUCCCCACUACGGAGCAGUUGAUGUCCAUUUUACUGGCAUGGCUGACUGUUUCCGGCAAACUGUGAAGAACAAAGGUGUGCUUGGCCUUUGGAGUGGACUCACACCCAGUCUGCUCAAGAUUGUCCCAUACUUCGGUGUUAUGUUUAGCACUUUUGAAUUCUGCAAGCGGGUCUGUCUUUACAGAAACGGUUAUAUUGAAUCUCCUUUAAAUUACAAGCUAACUCCUGGCGUGGACCAGAGUUUACAGCCACAAGAACUGAGAGAAUUAAAGCUCCUCCGAAGGGAAAAUUUUGAGCCAAGGAAAUCAGCGCUUGAAAACUGACAUCAGAGUAUCCAUUGCAGAUGUACACAGUACCUUUCUCAAGGACCUUUGCAAGAAAGACACACUGAACUUACAGGUACCAGCGUCUCAGCGGAUUGCAUAGUUUUAGUACUGAGACAUCAGUGCCAGGAAUGAAUAAAUCUUGUAUCUCAUUUGCUGAAUGGAUAUAAACAAUAUGAAUAGCAAGCAUAUACUGAAGAGAAGAGAUGCAACUGGUCUGAAAACACUAUGCUAUUGGAACUUGAAAUUACGUUAUUCUAGGUGCUUUUCAAUACUGAAUACCCAUUUUGAGAUAAAACCACUCGCAGUAAGGCAAGAGAACUGAGAUGAACGUAUAAAUUGUAUCUUCAAAAAUAUUAAGAAAAUCCAAAUAGAUUUUUUUUUAAGUAAUAUGAGAUACCAAGUCAGCCAAAAAUGAUAAACAGACUGAAAUACAUACAACAUGCAAGAAUUUCUACUGAAAUCUUUUUUUUUUAGUGAUACUGUGCGGACGUGGCAUUCUGCAGAUGCAGAAUUAGUCCCAGUUGAGUCACACUCCAGAAUCCCCUCUUCAGUUCUUGAGACUUACUUGAGAAUAAUAAUUUUGUAUGAAUCCUUGGCGUAAAGAUGAAAAUAUGCUGCUGCAACUGUGCUUUUGCUAAGAGAGGAUUGUGAUGUGCAAAAUGAACUGUAAUACACUGGAAUGACAAUCUUGGAAACAAGUGCAUACUAGAAAAUCUUCCCCCCUUUCUCCUGUGUUGUUACUGCAUGUAUGUGAAUUAUUUCAGGCUUUGAAAAAUAGUUUUCCUGAAGUUCUCUAACUGAAAUAUUUCCUCAAAAAUACAGUUCUUAAAUGUGUUAGAUAUUUCAGAGCCACGAGCCUUGUCAUGUUGUUUUGGUAUUCUUAAAGCUCUAUUUUUAUAUUAAACUACUUUUUAGUUCCUGUGCACAGACUCAGGCCUACUGUGCUGCUCAGACCUUGCCAGCAGAAUAGCGCUGUGCACACCACCUGUGAUUUUUCCACUUUAGCUGCUGUGAUCCAGGAGCCACAGAUAGUUUCUGUAGAUAGGAACCUCUCAGCAAGGCCACGAGGCUAUUGCCGGUGCCAAUGCAAUUGAUGGGCAUCUGAGCAGUCUAGGGAGCUUUUGGACAAUAAAAGAUCAUCUUGGUAUUUAUACCUGAGGACCUGGGGUAUUGCUCUGGUUCCUUUGUAGAAGUACAGCUAUGGAACAGCCCCAUCCUAGUGCCUUUAAGAAAACCUUAAACCCCGUAUCCACGUGGGAAGGCGGCUCUGCCCUCUGCCGCAUGUCCCACCAGCCUCAGGCUGUGGCAAUGUGUGAAUCACAGCAGCUCGGUAAGGUGUGUGCACGCCACACCUGCCCUAGCUGCAGCAGCCUGGGCUCAGCACAGGGUUUGCCUGGUGGUUUACACAGCUUUGUGUGUGUGCGUGUGUUUGUACCGUUUAUGUCCCUGCUGGGUGUAAAUAAGUCAAUCUCAGAAACUGCUUGGUUAGGGCAGGUCACAGCAGGGUGAGGAAAUGGCAGAUCGAUGCGGGAACAGCCUGUGACUAUGGAGAGAGAUUUGCAGAAAGAUUUGGGAUAAUUGUAAGGCCUGCCUUGCACCUAGAACUCAGCGUUGAUGUACCCUACAGCUGAGGCCUUGCAGUAUCUCUUAAUGGGCCUGCUCAGUUCUGCUGCAGUGGUGCUUCAUACUGGUUUUCUUCUCAGAGAAGAAAUGCAAGCAUUGAUAGCAAAAAUUAAGACGGUAGAGAACAGAUCGGGUGGCUCAUGCUUCACACUGAGGCUGUAAGUGCUUUUGGCUCUCUAAUCAACCUGCCUAGUGAACAUGUUUCUCCGUGCCUCAGUUUCCCUCUCUGCACAGCGCAGGUAAUACUACUGAGGCUUAUUUGAAAUGUAUGAGUAAGGAGAAGUGACUUGUGAGCGUAUUGGGGAGGAAUGGAUUUCUAAAGAGUGCCCUUACCUUGUCCAAACGUACCUGUAUGUUUUUUACUAACGUUGUAUUUCUAAAUAGAUUUUAAAGAUUGAAUGAUGGGUGCAUAUGAAUGUCUGAUCAGCUCUUCAAACCUGGUAAGAGUCAAGUGAGUCAAAAAGUUAACCUCUAACUUGUUUCUGAUAUGCUACUAACACCUUUGUAUUGUAAUGUACUCCUACGAUCGAUAAAUCACUCACUAACCCUU